CGAAAUUGUGCAAGAACUAUUUUAUUUAUUUGGUCUCUAUGAAAAUAAGAAGAUUUUCAUUUUUCCAUAGAAAGUUCUGCGCUCAAAUGUCAAAAUCACCCAAAGGUUCAACCGUCCAAAAAAUAGAAAAAUGAGCAAACUCGUGUAACAUUAUUUUGAAAUAUUUGAAUUAAUCAAAUAAUAAUGUCCCAUAAGUGUGGUGCAAUGAUGGCGGAUAUUGUAACGGUUUCCGUUACAAGAGCCACCUUGAUGGUAGGUGGCUAUAUAAGUGCUCCAUGGUCCUCCCACUCCUCCUAUCACAACAUACAUUCACAUGUAUGCUUAGCUCCAUAUCCGAAUAGGCUCUAAGCAAUAUACACCAUCUAGAGUGAGGAGUGAAGUGGGAGACGAAAAGGAUUUCCGGUGUUCUUCCACGUUCUUCGACCGUUCAUCAACAAUAUGGCUGGAGCUUCUCAACCCAUUACUCAUUCCGAAUUUUCGUUAGGCCUUGAAAUUCCCGAACUAACUGGUGACAACUAUAAGGUUUGGAGAGAAAGAGUUCUCCUACACUUAGGUUGCAUGGACAUUGAUUAUGCUAUUAGGAAGGAUGAACCGCCCGCCAUUAAUGCACAAAGUACUCCGGCUGAAAUUGCGCUAUAUGAGCGAUGGGAGAGAUCCAAUCGGCUCAGUGUAAUGUUUAUAAAAACUAAAAUUUCAGCUGGAAUUCGUGGCUCGGUUGAUCAGCAUAAGAAUGUCAAUGACUUGCUUAAGGCUAUUGAUGAUCAAUUUGUCACUUCGGAAAAGGCCUUAGCAAGUACCUUAAUCAUGAAAUUCUCCUCACUCCGUCUCACAACCGUUAAGGGUGUGCGAGAGCACAUCAUGAAGAUGCGGGACAUAGCGGCUCAAUUGCAAAAUUUGGAGGUAACAAUGUCGGAGGCGUUCUUGGUGCACUUCAUUCUGAAUACCCUUCCUCACCACUAUGGGCCAUUUAAAAUCUCUUAUAACACACAUAAGGAUAAGUGGUCAAUUAAUGAACUAAUGACCAUGUGUGUGCAAGAAGAAGAAAGGCUCAUAAUGGAGUUGGGUGAAAGUGUCAUGCUAGCUACAACCUUAGCCAAGAACAAAUUUGACAAGUCUCGUACAACCACCUCUAAAGCUAAGGGUAAAGGUAAAAUACCACCCAAGGCUGACAUUAAGAAGGUACAUAAGUGUUAUUUCUGUAAAAAGAAAGGACACAUGAAGAAAGAUUGUGCCAAGUUCAAGAAGUGGUUGGAGAAUAAAGGGUAUGCAGAAUCUAAGGAAGCCAGUGGGAAGUGAGCAAAGCAUCUUAUCCGGAAACAAGAUGGGCUCACAUGUGGAAGCCAUUGGAACAUGCACCUUAAUUUUAAGUAGUGGCUUUGUUUUAACUUUGGAAAAGACUUUUUAUGUACCAAGGUUUUCACGAAACUUGAUUUCAAUUUCAAGACUAGUACCAUUCGGUUUUUCCUUCAAUUUCAAGAAUAAAGUUAUUGAUUUAUUCAAUAAAUCUACUUUUGUUGGAAAAGGUACUUUGUCU